AGAAAUUGACACAAAACCUUUAAAAAAUUUUACAUUGCAGGUGCUGACAGAGUCAAGGCGGCAGACAAAGAAAAAGUUAAAAAGAAGAAGAAGACCUCUCUGUGUGUGUGUGUGUGUGUGAAUCGAGGAACAAUUUUCAAUCGGACGAUCACAGAGACGAGAGAUGGGUUUCAAUCAAUUAGCUGAUCCUAAACCUCAUGCAGUAUGCGUCCCAUACCCAGCCCAAGGUCACAUAAACCCCAUGUUCAAGCUAGCGAAACUACUCCACUUCAAUGGCUUCCAUAUUACCUUUGUCAAUACUGACUAUAACCACAAACGUUUACUCAAAUCCACAGGCCCCAACUCUCUCGCCGGCUCGCCGGAUUUUCGCUUUGAAUCUAUCCCCGAUGGGCUGCCGGUGACUGAUGAUGAUAACACCACCCAAGAUAUCCCUUCUCUUUGUGAUUCUACCUCCAAGCACUGCUUAAUCCCAUUUCGGAACCUACUUCACAGGCUCAAUAACGAUUCUUCUUCUUCUUGUGCUUCUUCUUCUUCCGAUGUUCCUCCGGUGAGCUGUAUUGUUUCCGAUGGUUCCAUGUCGUUCACUGUUGAAGCAGCUGAGGAGCUUGGUCUUCCUCGAGUCCUGUUCUGGACCCCAAGUGCUUGUGGGGUUUUGGCCUAUGCUCACUAUCCUCUUCUUGUCGAAAGAGGCUUAGUACCUCUUAAAGAUGCCAUCUAUCUAACAAAUGGGUUUUUGGAAACUACCAUAGAUUGGAUUCCAGCCAUGAAAAACAUCCGGCUGAAGGAUCUUCCGUCCUUCAUUAGAACCACAGACCCAAAUUCAAUCAUGCUCAACUACGUCCCCAAUGAAAUAUCAAAGAUUCCCAGAGCUUCUGCACUCAUUUUAAACACAUUCGAUGCCCUUGAACAAGAUGUUUUAGAUGUUCUUUCUUCAAUGUUUCCACUCGUUUACAGCAUCGGCCCUCUCCAUAGCUUGCUUUCUUAUCACAUUUCAGAUGAUCAUGAACUGAAAACUUUAGGUUCAAAUCUAUGGAAGGAAGAUACUGAGUGCAUAAAAUGGCUUGACUCGCAGAAGCCGAAUUCUGUGAUUUAUGUAAAUUUUGGUAGCAUAGCAGUGAUGUCAUCUCUUCAACUCAUUGAAUUUGCAUGGGGACUAGCCAACAGUAAAAAGCCUUUUCUGUGGAUAAUGAGACCUGAUCUUGUCACCGGCGACUCUAUGAUUGUGCCACCUGAAUUUUUAGCUGAAACGAAUGGGAGAGGUAUUAUAGCAGGUUGGUGUCCACAGGAAAAAGUCUUGAACCAUCCAUCAAUAGGAGGGUUUUUAAGUCAUAUGGGGUGGAAUUCAACGAUUGAAAGUGUGACUGCCGGAGUGCCGCUGCUUUGUUGGCCAUUUUUCGCAGAGCAACAGACAAAUUGUUGGUUUGCUUGCAAUGAGUGGAGCAUUGGUGUGGAGAUCAACAAUGAUGCGAAGAGAGAUGAAGUUGAAAAUCUGGUGAGAAAGUUGAUGGGAGAAGAAGGAAAAGAAAUGAAAAAGAGAGCAAUGGAGUGGAAGGAAAAAGCUGAAGAAGCAAUCAGACCUAGUGGUUCUUCUUAUCAGAACUUCCAAAAGCUGACGGCAGUUCUGACGAACAAGCAAAUAAAUUAGAAAGGAAAAUUAGGUUUUAAACAUAUGGUGUGCAUUAAUUAAACAGUAAAAAGAAAUAAAAGUUGAUAAAUAAGUUAAAAACACUUUUUGUUC